AAAACGGGGUCAAAGAUGAUGGAGAAGUCUUCGAGUCCAUCAGUGCAGCGAUUUCCUUGGCGCGCGCUCGUCGACACCCGACGCGUCGCGGAAAUGAUCGUCCGCCGUGGAACGUUAUGGGCGGCGGUCGCGGUGCUCGUUCUUCUCGCGAGCGUAUCGUCCUCUGGCUCGGUGAAGCUGCGAAAGCCGCGGAAGAGGACCACGACGAGGAUCCCGUAUCAGCAGUCCAGGACCGGGCCGGUGGUCAUAAGAGUGAUGCACAAGUACGCCGACGACGGUGUCGCGCGUGGUGCAUCGGGCGGUUGCGCUAAUGGCAAUUGCAAUGGCAAGUUUCACCUCGGCGCCAACGAAGCGAUGUCCGAGGAGGACAACUUCCUCUCGGACGAGGAAUCGCUGCGUUACGCCGUACACCCGGAGAGGUACGAGCACUUCGUGCUGAGGAAGAAUACGGGACACGCGGGCAGAUACAGACGGGACUCUGCACCCGCGGGAUCGCAGCCGCCGACCGACCUCGAUCGCGGUGCAGUCCCGAGGAAUGAGACGAGAGGGAAUGUCACGCGGGUUCCGCUGCACAGAAUCGACCGUGCGAGGGGCCUUGCGGAGUCUGUCAGAGCGCGAAGAAGCCUCGCUGCCGACUAUUCCUCGCGGAGGAACGACAGCGACUAUUUCACGCAACGGAAAGCCAUCAUGGACAAAUAUUACGCGCGGCAGCGCGAGAUAAACGCGCUGUACGCCGAUCUGAUGAACAUUGUUCCGCGAUCGGAGCACAACGUGUCGCAGUAUCGUCCGGCGUCGACGGGCAACGCCACCCUGUUCAGCCUCGGCCGUGUAUCCCUGGGCAGAAACUCGACGGCGAGGGACGGCGCGAUUUUCCGCCAUUCGCCCACGAAGCUCGAUCCGAUAUACAGCAAUGAAACGCGAUACAACAAGACCGAGCUGGACAAUCGACGGAACGUCGCCCUGGACGUCGACCCCGGCUUCAAGUCCGAUGCGAAUUUAUCUGAAGCGAGAAGUAGCGGUAGCGCCGAGAGAAGUGCGCUGGACCACAUCGUCACGCCCACGCCGUGUACAAAUUUAUCCUCAUCCGGCACUUUCGCUCCGAAAACGCGACCCAGGCACGCUAAAAAUUGCACCCACGACGGCUGCGAUCGCACCUCGAUAGACUACAACGCCUCGGGCAAUCUACGAUGGGGAACGUGCGAAGGGAGUAUCGUGUACCAGCACAACCUGCUCCUAGGACUGACGGGUCCCUCGAACCUCGACGCUCUGUUCGAGGUGAUCAUUCAGGGUCCCGUCUGCAUCACCUGCGUAGAGACGUUGCGAUAUAACGAAACCAGAGCGACGGUCACGCUGGACUCCGGGGGACGUGGGCACGAAUACGCGAAGCUCAGACUGCAGGGUUACGAGAACGAGGGGUUUUCCUACAUAAUUAAGGUCUGGGGCGUUAAGAAAACCGGCCAGGUUUGCGAUAACGUAGACUGAUCGAGGUGCGAGUGACGUGUAUAAAAAUCAACGUGCCAAAUAGCGUCACGCGUGCGUAUAAAAAGUUUUUAAUAUAAAAAAUUAAGUAAUGCUCUUAUAAAUA